CUUUUAUUUUGUAAGUACAAUUCAACAAAACCCACGUCAAAUCCGGAUCAAGAUGGCAGCGACCUUGUGUGGCAGGCUUUUCCCGAAAUCGGGAUGGCUGCCAUUAAGCCAGAGUGUUCGUCACGGCUCCAAAGCUGUUACUCGUCACAGAAAGCCAGUACACUUUCUGAAGCAGAAGCUGAUGGCUGUCACAGAGUACAUUCCCCCCACACCUGCAGCUCCUCCUGCUGCUUUGGCUCCACGAGUCAGAAAGACUGAAGAGGAAAGUGCUCUGGCAGUUUUGUUGAGGAAAGACCUAGAAAACUUGUUUAAGGAAUGUAAGAUGAUUGCUGUGGUCCAAAACAAUGCAAUCAAUGCAGAGGACCUCAUGGUGCUGAAACACAAACUGAACAGACACAAUAUCAGUGUCAAGUUCUUCCCAAACCAGGUGACAAGGUCCUUUCUCAGCAACAGCAUUUACAGUAACCUGUUGCCUCUAUUUGUUGGCCAGACUGUGAUAUUUGUUAGUAAAGAGCCAAAAGUUAAAGAGAUGCUCCAAGCGUUAAAACACAGUCCUCAGAUGGUGCUGUUAGGCGCUUGUAUAGAGAACACAUUGCUUUCAUAUCAAGGCAUUCUCAGUUACUCCAGACUCCCAUCUAUGACCACUAUCCAGGGUGAGAUAGUUGGUGGUCUAACCAUGAUGACUUCACGGACUGUCUCAAUGCUGCGUCACCAUCCAGCUCACCUUUCCGCCCUCCUUCAGCAGUACGUCAAACAGCAAGGCUCUGGGGACUCCACAAAUGCUGUUACAGAUAAAGAUACUUCAACAAUACAGGAAGCAGCAGCUUGAAUUGUAUAAAAUAAAUGAAUAGCUGUGAAUGGUUGACAUAAAAUACAUACAAUAAAAUUGAGUUAAAGUUGGUUAUUUGGUCAUUUAUAUGCUAUAGUUACAGGUGAAUUUUUUGUUUGUCACUGUUCAUAAUGUGAAGACUGGGGCUGCAUUUGAUAAAGACAACAUCUCAGCUGUGUUCUCUAGCAGUGAUUUUUGUAUGUUAGUUUAAAAUGACUAAUUAAAAAACAUUAAAUGAGAAUAAUACUACUAAUAA